AUGUACUCAGAAGACAAGACACAAGAAUUAGAAGAGAUUAUAUCCUGUCAAAAGGAAAAAAUAUGUAAGUUAAAUAAAAAAUUAGUAGAGUUUGAUGCGGUGGUUUCCGAAAGGAAUGAUAUACAACAAACAUACACACAAUUUGAACAAAGUAACGAAAAUAGUAAUAAUGGAAACUAUAAGAAAUCGUUCAAUGAACUAUUAGCAACGUGUGAUAUUCAAUCAGAAAAGCUUAAGAAAGCUGCGGAUACAGAAUACCAAUUGGAACUUAAGUACAGGAAACUGGAAAACGAUAACAACAGCUUAAACCGCCAAUUAAGAAUUCUAAGAUGCAAUGAAAAUAAAUUACAAUCAGAUUUAGCAGAAAUGGAAACAGCUUUGAAAUGCGCUCAGAGGGAAUUAUGUACAACUAAAUUGGAAUUAGAAGAAAAGAACAGCACAAUUAAUAAAUUAAAGACAAAUUUGAAGUGUGAUGAACAAGAACUCUGUAAAGUUCGCAGAGACUUUGAUGAGUGUAAAAAUGAAUGCAAUAAAUUAAGUGAGACAAAUGGGAUGUUAAAUGUUGAUCUAAAAUACACGAAAAAGAGUCUAUGUGACACAAAAUUAUCUUCUACGCGUAUGGAAGAAAGAUUCAUGCAAGACCGAGAACAUUUAUCAAAUGAGUUGAAAAAAAGCUGCAAAAAAAUUAACGACUUAGAGAUACGAUACGAUGAAGCUACGUGUAAAUUAAAUGACGAGAAAUGUAAAUCCAAAAAGUUUGCUUCAAAAUUAAUAGAAGUGAAUAAAGCGAGUGCUAAAAAUCAUUUAGAAAUGAAAAACCGGAUACAGAAAUUACAAGAAGAAAUUUGUGCAAAGAACAAUGAUUUAUGUUCCACAAAGAAAAAAGUCACAGAUUUGCAGCAAGAAAACGAAUGUAAAUGUAAGGCAAUAAGUGAACUGAAAAAUACAAUUUGUGAAAGAGAAUCUCAACUAAAACAAAUGUGUUCAUUAUCAGAGACAAUUGAGCAAAUUAAGUGCAAUUUCGAAGCUUGUUGUUGUCCUAAGAAAUGCGAAACUAAUCCUUGUUGUCCCAAAACGAAAUGUGAAAUUACACCUUGUUGUCCAAAAAAGAAAUGUGAAACUACACCUUGUUGCCCAAGAAAAUAA